AUCGAUUCACACUAACUCCCAAACUAUUAAACACGCCAAGACUGACACUUUCCAAGUCUUCCAUCCAUUAAACCCAACUCUCCUCUCUCUCAUCCUCUCCAAAAUCUAGGGUUUCUUGAAUUUUUUUUUUUUUCUCCGAACGAAUCUACUGGAUUGACCCGCCAAGAUCGUUCCUGCCGCCGUCGGCUCGUCCUCGACGACCAAGUCUCUUGUAUGGAGGGGAUGGAAGAGACCAACAAGUCUGAAGACCAUUUGACCUCGGCUGCAGCUUUUGUGGAAGGUGGAAUUCAGGAAGCCUGUGAUGAUGCUUGCAGCAUAUGUCUUGAAGUGUUUUGUGAAAGUGAUCCUUCAACGGUCACGGGCUGCAAGCACGAGUUCCAUCUUCAAUGCAUUCUUGAAUGGUGCCAAAGGAGCUCUCAAUGCCCAAUGUGCUGCCAACCUAUCAGCCUGAAAGACCCAACCAGCCAGGAGUUGCUUCAGGCUGUUGAAAGGGAGAGGAGUAUCAGGUUUAAUCCAUCAAGAAAUUCAACCAUAUUUCGUCACCCAACUCUGGGGGAUUUUGAAUUACAACAUUUGCCACUGGGUGCAAAUGAUCAUGAACUUGAGGAGCGGAUAAUUCAACACUUAGCUGCUGCUGCCGCAAUGGGGCGUGCCCGUCAUAUUGCCAGAAGGGAAAGCCAGAGGACUAGGUCAUCAGGCCAAGGACGUCCACAGUUCUUAGUAUUUUCAACUCAUUCAAAUGCACCUUCUACUGGUCCAGGACCUUCAUCUCCAACUAGAGGGGAAGGUGCACCAGCCCCUGCAAUCAUAAUUGGUACUCCACCUUCCCCUCCAACAACUGUUGGAGAAGAAUCUUCUGAGCUGAUGACACAGAUGCCUUCUGUCCAAGCUAAUCGGAUAUCUGCUUCAGCAUCUGGCUCAAGUACUCCUUCAGCCAACCAACAUGGACAUUCCUUGAACAAUAUGAGGUCUCCAAAUCGGUCAUCUCCAAGUAGUCAAGAUAGAGCUGGACCAUCAGAUUUCCAGUCAUUUUCAGAAUCCCUGAAAUCUAGAUUUAAUGCUGUUUCAACGAGAUACAAAGAGUCAAUUUCAAGGAGUACAAGGGGAUGGAAGGAAAGAUUUUUUUCUCGCAAUACUUCAAUGUCAGAUCUUGGUUCUGAGGUAAGAAGAGAGGUUAAUCACGGAAUUGCAACAAUGUCACGCAUGAUGGAGCGUCUAGAGACCAGAGAUAACACACCUACCGCUGCUUCUGUAGAGACCAGAGAUAACACACCUACCGCUGCUUCUGUAGAGACCAGAGAUAACACACCUACUGCUGCUUCUGUAGAGACCAGAGAUAACACACCCGCCACUGCUUCUGUAUCAAACAGUUCAGAAGGUUGUUCUGUUUCAGAUUCAAAUAACCAGAGAAUGUCAGAUGGUAGUGGAGACAAUCCUGUCUGUGGCACCAAUAUCCAAGCUUCAUGUGCUGCAAGUUCUGGUUCAAAUUAAUAUUUAUUUCAGCAACUUCAUCAACAUAAAGCAUUUUAUCUUCAAAAAUCUUGUUAUCUUGUUGAAGGAUAUGUUUUGCUGCCCUCCUCAUGCACUGGGUAUCUUUUAACAUUGCAAAUAGCAGACCAUGGUUGAGAUUGAUUUGGAAUAAAGAAGCUAGAACUAGGAGGCUUCUCCACUUGGACAUAGGAACCAGUAGAUGAUUGUAAAUCAGUUUAUAUAUGAGCCCUGUGUCAUAGGUGCUCGGAUAUUGAAGAUCUUGAAGUCUACAUGCACACUUUUGAACGAAUUCUUCUUUAUAAACUCUUUCAUGAGGAUAAUACACUUAAUUUUUAUCCUGUCGUGAUAACUGGAUAGUUGGAUGAAGUAUGUCUGCUUAGCCUUGCAUCUUUUCGACUUUUGUUUAUGACUACCAGAAUAAGGUGUGCUGAUUCGA